AUGGAAAAUCACGGUGUUGUGAAGGAUGUGACUCUAGGAGGGACUGGACCUCUAGGAGAUGCGGCUGAAACUGCAGAGCCAGUGCCUCUGCAUAAUAGCGAUGUGGGCCGAGGUGCCAGCGAACACCACAGCUUGAUAGCUCAGGUCUCGCCAUCAGACGUUGAGCCUGCUCCUCAUUCCAACGCACCAGAAUCGACCGGUCGUUCGUUGGCUUUGCGUAAUCUAUGGAAUCAACUUAACAGUACCGUUGGGUCCUUCACUAGUGGUCUCAUAACCGCUGAUGACCUUAGGCGAGAAGGCGUUCGACAGAGGGAAAUUGCCUUACGAGAAGCUGAAAGCAUAUUAGCUUCUACAGGCGGUAACAAUUUGCGAGACCUUCGGGACAUUUUGUUGGGAUUGCAGCGAGUCGAAACGAAACUGCAGGAGAAGGAUAAAAACUUGAUUCAGCAAUGUUCCCACAUUCGCAGCCAAGGUUUAAAAAUAUUUGGCUCUGCAGCAGAAUCUUCAUUCAAAAUCCUUGAGGACCAAGGGCUCAUUGUCCAAUCCGAGGGCUCUGAUACAGAAGAGUCCAUUCUUUCCACGGAUGACAUUCGACUUGAUCAGACAUCCGAGGCUCGACGUUAUCUCUCUAAGAAAGGCGAUGUGGAUCUGUUGAGGGAGACCUUGAUGGAUCUGGAUGUGGAGCAGAUGAUGAUGUCCGAAGCGGACGAACAAUCGAACAUCCUAGAAGACCUCGAGUCCAGGCGGAAUGAAGCAUUACUUGAACUAGGGCGAGCUGAAGAGGAGUUGGCCAGGCUUCAUGACGAACUCCCAGAGAGGAAGGUGAGCAUUUCCGAAGAACACCUUCGUCCACCUUCGGAACUGGAGCAGACGGUCGCUGGACAGAGCGAUAUCGAACGUGAGAAAUUGGGAGACAGCGAACUGGGGUCUCAAUUUCAGUCGGACGUCCAAGGAAAUGGUUUGUCCCAGAUUCUCGAAGGCGCGACAAAAGACAAUCCGGUCAGAUCAAAAACACUCGUUAAUGCCUACCUCCUGUAUCAGCUGCGGCGGUCACCUCAAGAGCAGCAACACUUGCUCAAAACGGUUGAAGAGAUUGGCAGAAAAAGCGAUAAAGCUCUGGAAAUAGAUCCAAGCAAUCUUCCCCUCGAUAUUUGGUUUGAAGAGGAGACAUCCACAAAGUCUCGAACGAAGAAUAUAUCCAGUCAAAGGUUUUCCAGAGGGACCAACGCUGACACGACUGCCAACACUCAAAAGUCUCACGGUUAG